GUUUGGCGUGAACGACCCCAACGAAUGGAGGGGUCAAAACAAAUUCGCAAAAAACAGCGCGCGACAUCACACGCGGAUUAUACGUUUCGGGUUUUCGUUGAUUGUGAAUCGUAAUAUAAUAGUGUUUAUAAUAGUAUUUAUAUAUCAGUUAGUGUUACAACUAGUGAAUUACUAUGUCUAUGAACAAGUUUAUGCAUCCACGGAACAUCUAUCGGCAGAAGCCCGACUUCAAAGCGCUGGUCAAGCAAUGUCCGGAACUGACGGCAGUCACAACAGUCGAUUUGAACGGCAGACUGAAACUGGACUACAAGGACAAGAAGGCCCUUCAGCUACUCACGACUUGUCUGCUCAAACGAGAUUUCGGUUUACAGAUCGACCUUCCCCCGGACAAACUGGUUCCGACGUUGCCCCUCCGAUUGAACUACAUUCUCUGGUUGGAGGAUCUAGAAGACGCCCUCGGAUGGAAAAGCCGACCCGAGGUAAGAGGACUGGAUAUAGGCUGCGGGGCGUCUUGUAUCUAUCCGCUGCUGGGAGUGGUUCACUCCAAGCACCGUUGGAGAAUGGUCGGGUUGGAACUGCUGGAAGACAGCGUGAUGGCAGCCAGGAAAAACGUGGAGGGCAAUAGCUUGCAAGAGUACAUCGAUGUGGUACAGCAGGAAUCGGAGGACGGAAGCAUUCUAAAGGACUUCAUGGGUGAGAAGGAAAGGUUUGAUUUUUGCAUGUGUAAUCCUCCAUUUUUCGAUGAUCACGAUGGCGCGGUACAUGAAAAUCGUACAUCGCAGAGAAAGGAGCCCCCAAAUGCAUCUACUGGAAGCGAUAAAGAGUUGCGAAUAGAGGGUGGGGAGUUGCGCUUCUUAGAAAGAAUUAUCGACGAGAGCCUUGAGUUGAAAGAGCGAAUCACGGUGUACACCUCAAUGAUUGGUCAUAAGAAAAACUUUGAAGAGAUCCUUCGAAUCAUGAAGAGGCGAUCGAUCAGCAACGUGACCACCACAAGAUUCUGUCAAGGGAACACCACACGUUGGGGAAUCGCCUGGAGCUUUUCAAGUGCCGCCCUUUUGGCAAACGUACCUGACCGAUUUGAACAGGAAUCUUCGAAUCGGAAAUCAGUAGGAAAACCUUUGGAAGGGAAAAUUUUAUCUUUAGAAGAUGUUGAAAAUUUUGAUUCGGCGCAGACGAAUCUCUUGUCUGUCCUUAAAUCACUCGAUCUUCAGAUAAAUCCUCUGAAAGGGGAGACGGAACACAUGUGGGAGCUGGUAGCACAGGACAACACUUGGUCACAUCAACGUCGAAAGCGACGAGAGGCAAAAAGAAAGCUGAGUCCAGGAAGUGAAAACAGGAAUAAUCAGGAGCGUGAGCUUGACGGGGCCUCCAAUUCAGAUGGAACUCCCAGUAAGAAGUUGAAGUCGGAACAAAGCUGCUGUGAACCGGUACUGAAAGCAGUGUUGUGUUUGAAAAGUAAAGAAGGCGGGUACUAUCUAGGGUUAAGUUAUUUGAGCGGCAUAGCUGGAAAAGAUGCACUCAAUCAAAUUUUGCAAUUUGUUAAAAAUAAUAUAUGUUCGUAAAAAGAA